AUGCCAUCCGAUGGUGUCACCAAGAAAUCUAAUUCAAAGUCAGAACAUAUUGAGAAGCUCCAAAAAACAGUGGAAAAGGCAAAAGAAGGAGCUCUGUCUCGACAGAAAUUGGAAAGUGGAGACCAACAAGCAAUCGUAUCCGAUGCGAAUCCAAAUAUGAAGACGAAGUCGUAUCCCGACGAAAAUCAUUCAGACCAGACACAACAGUAUGCCCCAGUGGACGACAAUUCAACCCCACACCAUGACAAGCCCAUCCAAUCGAUAGAGGUUGGGGAGAUUGAGAUGAAAGAUCUUGGUGCAAACCGCAACACCGAAUACCAGCCGGAACCCAUGCAAAACAACACAUUGGACGUACCAAGUAAGCCGAACCUUUCCAGCGUGAGAUCAUCGCGCGAGCAGAGUGUCGGUAGCCUAGCGAGGGGUUUCAAAUGUCUUGCUGUUCUCGAUCCGCCCAAGAAAAACAACAAAGAUCGCAUCACGCACAGUCCAGCUCCAGACCCCGAAGAUGUUGUGGAUGGAUGGGGAACUUGGAGAGGGAAAUCGACCUUCGUGAUUGUGGUAGAAGGUCCCCCCGAGUCAGCCAGGUUCACAUUCAAGCUCCGAUCCGGGUACACUAAUGAACGCACUGCCAACAUCUCCGACAAAGACCUUCGAAUUACCGAAAUCAGAGACAAGGGUGUUGGUGGAAGAAAGCCUUAUCGGUAUACGAUCGAAAACGUCGCCGGCGUCUUUGGAGCCGUAUUCGAAGAUACGGGUGUGAGAUUCUCCACCCGUAAUUCAUGCUCAUGGGCAAGAGUCGAAUGGAAGGGUUUGAGGGAAGAAGACAUGAUUAAGUGCAAAGUCACAGAGGGGUAUUCGUGGAUUCCUAAAUGCGAUUUCCAACGGCUUUGCCAUGGGCGGGAGGCAGCCGAGGAAAAGAUCAAAGAAGUUUGGGAUCAUCAGGAGGGGCAAUACGUGGCCUGGGCCCGAAAGCAACCUAGAAGCGAAAAUCGCUGUCGUUCCACCACACCAUGUCCAUUGAACGACUCUCUGAGGCGGCUUCAGCUACAGAGAGCCACCUCGCGCUUGAGGACACCUGAUAUCAGGAUUUCUUCUCUAAGUGAUGAUGGCUGCGGCACCCCUCCACCCAACCAGCGAAAUAAUGUGACGGGCACCAGAUCCAAUCCAGUUAGUCGUGACGAGGACACGGAGAGCGUCAAUUCUGAUGCCUCGUCAGGAUCGACAAAUACCACUGCUACGUCGAAUGGAAUAACAGACCGGGAUCCAUCCAGAUCUCAGGGUCAGCUUCCCGUUGUCGAAAUCAGCAGGGCAAAAUUUAUGAAGGAAAAAGGAAGCGAAACAUGGAAAGAUAUGGAUCCCUCGGAAAGGCAGAAACAGGAAGUGAUAGCCCACGCUCUGUAUGACAUUUACAAGGCGACGAUGCUACAGAACAACGGAAUCGUGGUCAAGGACUUGGAUAUGACCGAUAGUACGGAGGAGGAACUUUAA